AUGUUUAAAAAUACAUUUCAAAGCGGGUUCUUGUCCAUUUUGUACAGCAUCGGAAGCAAACCUCUACUAAUAUGGGAUAAACAGGUGAGAAAUGGACAUAUAAAGCGCAUUACAGACAACGACAUCCAGUCACUAGUGCUUGAGGUAGAAGGAACCAAUGUCUGCACGACCUACAUCACAUGCCCGCAAGAUCCAAAGAAAACCCUGGGCAUCAGACUUCCCUUCCUGGUCAUGAUAAUCAAGAAUCUAAAGAAAGGUUUUGCAUUUGAAGUUCAGGUGUUGGAUGAUGCUAACGUGCGGCGGAGAUUCCGAGCCAGUAGCUACCAGAGAACCACACGGGUGAAUCCCUUCAUCUGCACCAUGCCCAUGUGGCUGGAUAAAGGUUGGAACCAGAUCCAGUUCAACCUGUCCGACUUCACAAAGAGAGCUUACGGCACCAACUACAUCGAGACGCUGCAAGUACAGAUCCACGCAAACUGCCGCAUAAGAAGAGUGUACUUUUCUGACAGACUGUACUCGGAGGACGAGCUGCCAGCCGAGUUUAAACUCUAUUUGCCGGUACAAAACAAAACAAAGGUGAGUCCAUGUUCACAAGCAUGAGCUCUUCCUCUAGUGCACCACCAUUGUUACACAUUCUAAGCAUUAUUUUAUACACC